AUGGCGACGGCGAACGUGGCGAAUUCUGGCCGUGGAGGUGGCAGGAGAGGACCAGUGGAUGACGACAAGUUAGUCUUCGAGACGACGGAAGGGAUCGAGCCAAUCACGAGUUUCAAUGAUAUGGGGAUUAAAGAGGAUGUGCUUCGUGGUCUCUACGCCUAUGGUUUCGAGAAACCUUCUGCGAUUCAGCAGAGAGCGGUUAUGCCGAUUCUUCAAGGUCGGGAUGUUAUUGCUCAAGCUCAGUCCGGUACCGGGAAAACGUCCAUGAUUGCUCUCUCCGUCUGCCAAAUCGUUGACACUUCGUCUAGAGAGGUUCAGGCCUUGAUAUUGUCCCCAACAAGAGAGCUGGCUUCACAAACAGAGAAGACGAUACAAACUAUGGGAUACCACGCCAGUAUUCAGGCACAUGCAUGCAUCGGUGGGAAGAGCGUUGGAGAAGACAUCAGGAAGCUGGAGAAUGGUGUCCAUGUUGUGUCUGGAACACCUGGUCGUGUCUGUGACAUGAUAAAGAGGAGAAGUCUGCGUACCAGAGCUAUUAAACUUCUGAUUCUUGAUGAAUCAGAUGAAAUGUUGAGCAGAGGAUUCAAGGACCAAAUCUAUGAUGUUUACAGAUAUCUUCCACCCGAUCUUCAGGUUUGCUUGGUUUCUGCAACUCUUCCUCACGAGAUUUUGGAGAUGACAUCAAAGUUUAUGACGGAACCAGUGAAGAUACUUGUGAAACGUGAUGAGUUGACUCUUGAAGGAAUUAAACAAUUUUUUGUUGCUGUUGAGAAGGAAGAGUGGAAAUUUGAUACGCUCUGUGAUCUUUAUGACACACUUACUAUCACUCAAGCUGUUAUCUUUUGCAAUACAAAACGAAAGGUGGACUGGCUAAGUGAGAAGAUGAGGAGUAACAACUUCACAGUCUCAUCAAUGCAUGGGGACAUGCCUCAGAAGGAGAGAGACGAGAUUAUGAAUCAGUUUCGAUCAGGUGAUAGUCGAGUUUUGAUCACGACAGACGUAUGGGCUCGUGGGAUUGAUGUGAACCAAGUUUCUCUUGUCAUCAAUUAUGAUCUCCCCAACAACCGUGAGCUCUACAUCCAUCGUAUUGGACGGUCUGGUCGUUUCGGGCGUAAGGGUGUUGCGAUCAACUUUGUUAAAAGCGACGACAUCAAGAUCCUUCGGGACAUUGAGCAGUACUACAGUACCCAGAUUGACGAGAUGCCAAUGAAUGUAGCUGAUCUUAUCUAA